ACUUCAAUAAAGACCCUCCCAAAUGGUAAUGGGUUCACGCUCACUUUUCUGCUUCCACAAACUGUAGUGAGUUCGUUACUAACUUGUGUGUUGAGUGAAGAACAGAACGGAGGGAGAUGGGAGCUGUGAUCAUCCCACAGAAUUUGCCCAUCGGGUACAGAUUCCAUCCAACUGACGAGGAAUUCGUCGAUCAUUACUUGACGAACCGAGUCUUAGGAAUCGUAGAGGAUCCCUGCAUAAUUCCAGAUGUUGACAUCUGCAGGUGGGAUCCUUGGGAAUUACCACAGAAGUUUCAUGGUGAAUCAAUUAUUCGCCCGGAUGACAAAGUACAAGAGUGGUGGUGCUACUGUCUGCAAACACCCCAACAGGUUAAAAGAACGACUCCCUCUGGCUAUUGGAAGAAGACUGGUCCAGACCGGAAUGUCAAGGCCAGAGAUAUCAAAAUCGGCACUAAGAAAACAUUAGUUUUCCACACACGUCAGGGCUCUAAAGGCGUCAAGACCAACUGGGUCAUACAUGAAUAUCAUCUACUCAUAAAAAAUUUGAAUAGAAACUAUGUUCUGUGUCGCAUAAAGCAUAAAGGAGAUGAGAAGGCUGAUAAUUCUACCAUGGAAUUAGUGUACGAAGCCAGUGGCCUAGAAAAUUUGGAUUCAAUUCUUCAUCAACCAGAUCACGAGGACUUGUUUACUGAGGAUUUGAUCCAAGCAAAGAUGAUGUCACUGAUGGAGGUCUCUUCUCUGCCCCAGAACCGAGUUCAAUUUGCUUUGCCUGACCUCCUGCAGCAGCCUCAGUCUGCACUGCAAUCACUAAAUAAUAGAUUCUCCUCCAACAUACAUCAGUUUAUGAAUGUCAAGAAUCCUUUUGCAAACUUCUUCUCAUCGGACAAUGGUUGGUUCACAACAAGUGACGAGGAUGAAGAUGCUGGUGACAUGUUUAUUGCAGAUCUUUCUGAAGAGGAUGUUUCUGAAGAGGAUGGAGAUGCUGGGGACAUGCUAAUUGCAGAUGUUUCUGAAGAGGAUGAAUAUGUUCGUGACAUGCUAAAUGCAGAUCUUUUUGAUGCCGACUUCUUUGAUGGAGACCAAGUGCAAACACAGUAUGGGCAAACAUCUAACCAGCAUAGUGAGCAUCCUGUUCUAAUGGAGAAUCGGCGAACACGAACAAUCGACUCGUUUCACGGUGUUGUUCCUCUUGAGGAAAAGAAAGGCCUGGUGGAGAAUAAGUUUAACGGCUCACUUGUCACUCCUGAGAAACCUAUAGCGCCUCCUGUAUGCGCUGCAAGUAUAAAUUAUCAUGAAGAGCCAAGUUUCGGAAAGUUUAAGCAGGAAACUGCAGCCAAAAGUAUCAAACCAGAAUGCGUAUAUUUGGAUGAAACAGCAGCCAAAGCAAAGAAUGGCCAAAUAUCUGUAGUGGAGAAUAGCAAAACACAAACAAUUGAGUCACUCCAUGAUGUUGCUCCUUUUGAGCAAAAGGAAGGUUUCAUGCAGACUAAAUUCAACAGCUCACAUGUUUCCUCCACCAAAUCUAUGGAGCUUCUGAAAGAGCCCAAGGAUCCAGAAAUUCCCGAGUCUCCAAGAAUUUAUAUCGAUGAUGAACCAAGGCUCGAAAAGGUUAAGAAGCAGGGAAUUGCAUUGAGAAAUGUUAAAACAGAAUGUGUAUCUUUGGAUGAAUCUGCAGCAAAAGCGAAGGUUGAAGAAGCUCCCAAUUCACCGAGGAAGACAAGCAGCAGGGAGAUUGAACAUGCCGGAGAGAAUUCAAAUUCCGUGACUGCAUCGACAAGACCAUCCACCGAGAGCACAAAAAGUCCAACAGAUGCUCCCAUGAGUAAUAUUGUGAACCUGGUCAUCGGGAUUCUCCUGUUGAUCGCCUUCACUUACCUUCACCUGCCAAGUAUUUGAUUUAUGAUUUUCACUGCUAUUUGCCCUGAGUGUGAUGCAGUAUCAUUGACAAGUACGAUUGUCAUAAAGGGUUUUGUACGUCGUGUCACAAUUCGUGUGUAUGUAGCUUGUCCUCCUUUCGAUGCUAAUGCUUUGUACUUCUUUUUGCAUUAACGGAACUUGAAGAUCUCACUAGAUGUGAGACUGCUCUGUAAAUUACUUUCUACGCUCUCUGCUGCAUAUAAUGUGAAGAAUCAACAAGUUGCCAUA